UUCUCGCCAAAGAAACAAUUAAAAGGUAAAAAUUCUAGAAUGUAAGAGCCAAAAAUGGAACAAAACCUCAAAAAAAUCAUUUUUAUCCUGAUUUGGAUGAGUCACGUGACCUUCAGUGCAUCCAACAACGAACAAAAAUUUUGCCCAAAGCAUUGCCAAUGCGACAUUUUCGCGGAUUUACGAAGAGCCGUUUGCAGUGAUCAAAAUCUCAUCAACACUUUUGCUGGUGUCCCUCGCGAGGUUGAAAUCCUGGAUUUAUCUCGUAAUAAAAUUUCUCUCAUUACGGAUCAUUCGUUCGAGGAAUUUACCAACAUGGUCGAGUUAGAUUUGUCCUUUAAUAUCAUCAGUACGGUCUCUUUUCGUGCCUUUGAGCUAAUGGAUCGCCUGGAAAAGCUGGAUUUGUCGUAUAAUCGCAUCGAACAGCUCGAUAACAGACUUUUAGAGUCAAAUUCCAACCUAAAGGAGCUCAUCUUGAACGGAAAUAAGUUCAUGUCGCUACCAGAUCAGGCUUUAAUUAAAAGUUCCUCCUUGCGAAAAUUAAGUAUGGUCGAUUCAAAGUUGGUCCAUGUGCCUCAUUUGAUGUUUCAUGCCUUGCCAAAUGUGGAAUUUUUGGAUUUAUCUCAAAAUUUGUUAAAAAAUAUUCAUAUCAAGUCCUUUCAACGCAUGAAAAAAUUGAUUGAAGUGAAUUUGGAGGACAAUCCAUGGAAUUGCGACGAGGAAAUUUUCAAAGUUUUGAAGUGGUUUCAAAAGCGCGGCGUGAAAAUCAAGAGAAAUCAGUGUUAUAAGCCAAAAAAUGGUCAUGCGGUGUUCGAUAAAAUUAUUCAUGCCACAACUCAGGCCCCAAGAGAGGAAAUUCCGUUGGAUAUCGUGUGGAAUAUCACCAAAUCCGUAUUUUUUCCUUCAUCUACUGAACCAACAACGCCAGCAAACCCUUAUAAAGUGCUUUCAAGUAAAUGUUCGGGAGAUGCGGAAAUUGACGAAAUCGAUUCUGAUUGUUCGUUUGACGUUUGUAGAGCAAAUCUUUCGGAUUUGUACGAAAAUUUCCUCAUUUUAACAACAAAUUAUGAAAAUUGUCAGCAAAAUCACUUGGAAGCUGUUAUCGCCAUGUGUUACGUCGGUUUAUUCUUCGGAGCACUCGGCGGUGGUUUACUUGUCUAUCUCGCUUGUUUCCUGCGUCAUCGAAACAUCAAAGCCUCCUUUACGGAACCCCUCGAACGUCAACGUCUCCGCAAAGCUUAUCAAAACCGUUCGCAAUAUGCACAUGCGCAAACUACUCGUCGACCAAUGUCACCGGAAAAUGUCCCGCAAACGUCGACUGAGUCGGAAAUUCCUCGCCGCAUAGCAUCUCCCAUUUCGCCGAGUCGCGUUCCUUCGUUUCGAAACAGUAGCAGCAGUGAAGAAUCCGCCAUCCCGAAAUCCCUGACGCCGCUUCGGAGUUCGUUGCCGGAACCGGAACACUUGUACCAGAGACGACAUCAGCCACGAAUUCCGCAAGAACAAGAGCUUCCGGCUUUUUUCAAGUAUUUUCGACGAAAUCAGCGCCCACAGAGAUUGUCCAUCGAUGUAAAUUCGCGCAGAAGGAGUCAAAAUAGCAACAACGAGGAUGCGUAUUUUUUGCCAAGUCCAGAGACGGUGCCAUCAGCUCCGCGCAUUUCGAGACUUCAUAGUGUUCCGACAGAUGCGCCGGAAAGCCCGAGUCGACCUUUGAUGACGAAUGCCGUCUCGAGUGGGUCCGUUAUCUACAAUGAGAUCGAUGAAGUGAGUGAAAUUCCGCAGGAUGUGUGUUGCACGAGACAUAUUAGGCAAGAGCUGGAUGCGUUGACGGUGGAUUUGUUGAGGGAUUCUGCGAGAGUUUCUGUUACGCCGCCGCCGCCGUAUAUUGAUUGCAUGUCAGCACACCGACUCAACAACGAUACUCAAAAUCCGUUACACCAAACGAACUGAAGGAACGCCCUUUAGCUUUAAGGACCUUAUUAAAUAUUUACCCUCUAAGACGAAUAUUAUUUAAUAAAAUUGUAAGUUUAUCGUCAUAAUCAUGAAUAAAGUCAUUUCGUGCCGCGAGACCGUGACCCGACGAGAAUUUCUCGAUCGUUCUGUCGCCGUUCCAGAUCGCAUCGCCGCACGUACGAUGAGAACGAAGAAUUUGGCUUAAUAAAAUGUUUACUCGAAACGUCGCUCUUGACGUUAUUGAUGGCACCCAAUUUAAAUAUUAAACGGAUAAAUUACACGUUCCCCGCCUUGCCUCCGUCGCACCGCAAAUAAAAAGUGAAAUUCCCGCGUGCUGAGAAACGAGGAGCGUCUUCUUCACGUUUGCGCAAAUUUGUUGUUUUCU